AUGGGUAAAUCAACUGACAAGAAGGUUUCCAAGAAGGUUUCCAAGAAGGACCUAAAGCUAAAAAAGAAGCAAGAUGAAAAGAAGGUGAAGGCUGUUGAACCAGAAUCUAGCUCCGAUUCCAGCUCUGAUUCUAGCUCUGAUUCUAGCUCUGAUUCUAGCUCUGAUUCCUCUUCUGAUUCCGAUUCUUCUUCCUCUUCUGACUCUUCUGACUCUUCUGACGAAGAAGAAGAACCAAAGAAGGAAACUAAGAAGGAAGAAUCUUCCUCUGAUUCCGAAUCCUCUUCUGAUUCUGAUUCCGAAUCUGAAAAGGAAGAAGCUAAGAAAGAAGAAUCCUCCGAUUCUGACUCUUCUUCCGACUCCUCCUCAGACUCCGACUCUGAUUCUGACGAAGAAGAAGAAAAGAAGGAGGAAAAGAAGAAGGAAGAAUCUUCCGCUUCUUCAUCUGAUUCUGAUUCUUCAUCUGAUUCUGACUCUUCAUCUGAUGACGAUGAAGAAGAGGAAAAAAGCUCUAACAAGCGUAAGGCUGAUGAUGACGAAGAGAAAUCUGAAAGCAAAAAGCCAAAGACUGAAUUGGCUGGUGAACCAGCUACUAUUUUCGUUGGUAGACUAUCAUGGUCCAUUGACGAUGAAUGGUUAAAGACCGAAUUUGAACCAAUCGGUGGUGUCAUUAGUGCCAGAGUUAUGUACGAAAGAGGUACUGACAGAUCCCGUGGUUAUGGUUAUGUCGAUUUUGAAGACAAAUCCUACGCUGAAAAAGCUAUCAAGGAAAUGCACGGUAAGGAAAUUGACGGAAGACCAAUCAACUGUGAUAUGUCUACCUCGAAGCCAGCUGGUGCUCCAAGAGACGACAGAGCAAAGAAGUUCGGCGACGUUCCAUCUGAACCAUCUGACACUUUGUUCUUGGGUAAUUUGUCUUUCGAAGCUGACAGAGACAACUUGUACGAGAUCUUUGGUAAAUAUGGUGAAAUUGUUUCUGUUCGUAUCCCAACUCACCCAGAAACUGAACAACCAAAGGGUUUCGGUUACGUUCAAUACGGUAGUAUUGAAGAUGCCACUAAAGCCUUUGAAGGUCUACAAGGUGAAUACAUUAAUAACAGACCAGUCAGAUUAGACUACUCCAUUCCAAAGCAAAACUUCGGCAACAACCAACGUGGUGGUUUUAACAGAGGUGGUUCUGACAGAGGUGGAAGAGGCGGUAGAGGCGGCAGCAGAGGCGGUAGAGGUGGCUUCGGUGGUAACAGAGGAGGUAGAGAAUUCAGUUCCGGUUCUAACGCUUCUCCUCUAGGAGCUACCAGACAAACUGCUUCCUUCCAAGGUACCAAAAAGACCUUCGAUUGA